AUGAAAGCCUCACCACACCAACCAUCAAUAAGAUUUUACUCAUCGAAAGUCAAUGGAGAAUUGUUUUCUUCUGAGAAGAAACAGUUUGAUGAAGAAACAAUGAACAAACUCAUCGAAAAAUACUUAGAAGAACCAGGCAAACUUAGCCUUCUACAACUAACAAAUAUACUGUACUUUGUUUCUUCAAAUUCUCUUAUUUAUAACACUGAAAUGAAAGUUCAGCUACAAGACUCAAAGAAUGAAAUUCUCAUUUACUUUCCAAAAACCUUUGGGUUUUGUAUUUCCGCACAACCAAAUUAUACUGUUUUUGACUAUUUCCACUUUUCUCUUAUCAGAAUUCCAUUUAACUCUCUUUCAUUUACACUGUCUUUCUCCUCAUUUACUCACCAACACAACCUCUUCCCACGAAUAAUGGAGAUUUCACUUCCAAGGAUAACUCAGUCUCAAUGCCCAGUCUCAAUUGACCUCCACAUCUCUUUGGAUGGAGUUGUUAAUAAAGUGGACUGCUUCUCACCUUUUCUUUUCACAAAAAAGGAAAAUUGGAAUAGAACUCAAUAUUCUCUUUAUCUGUCUAGUGAUAAAAAUGUAUUUCAAGAUCAAAUCUCCUUUCAAAUAUUAUAUUCAUCUGCUUAUAGUUUUAGUGUUUGUUAUGACGACGGGAAUGUUCCCUUCUUACAUCAUGAAAACGUGAUAAGUUCAGACUGUUCAGCACCAGUUACUCCACCUUCGUUUUAUCAUACAAAUUCAGAACGUCUCUUAGUCCCAGAGGAAUUAAGUCCUCGAGUUAAUGACAAAAACAAAUAUUAUUCUGGAUAUAUAAGUGUAUUUAAAGAUGAAAUCAAAAAAGAGGAUAAAGGUUCUUGUCUUAUCUUAAUAGAACUUGAAAAUAAAGAAAAAAUCAAAGAAAUUGUUGCAGUAAUAAAAGAUAAAAUGAAAGGAUGUGAUUUAACUUUGAUAAUUAAACACGAAGAAUAUGAUUUUGUGGUUGAGGGAUAUCAUCCCCUUUUAGAACAAAUGAUACAAGAUAAUACAAAAGAAAAUAAUAUUAAAAGAGCAGAAAGUAUAACUCAAAUUCGGGCAGCAAGAAAAAAAGAACCAAAUACAAACGUUUUAUAUUUUACAGAUAAACAGAGGCUGACAAAAGAAUUUGCUGAUUUAGUUUUAGAAGGUUGUAAUCUUAUUUACUUUCCAGACCCUUUAUUAGACCAACAGAACUCUAUGAAUUAUAUCAACCUAUUAGAGUGUGUUAACAUUGAAAUUAUUCAUAAGCCUAUGUUACUGGAAACAAUUCAACAAGUCUUAGAACAGGUUAGUUGGAAGAAUUCAGUACCAGUUAUUACUCGUAGUAGUCUUGUCUCGUUCAUGCCAAGUAAUAUACUAACGCCAUUUAUUAGAAGGGUUAUUUUCUUUUUGGCUCCAACAACAGAGAUGAGAACAAUUACUGUUUCUCACAAUAAACAUCUUUCUCACAGAAGUUCUAUUCAAAUUAAUAACUCAAUUUUGUAUCUAUUUUAUCAACUCAAACACUGGUCUAUUCAACCAACAAAUCUUAAUGCGAAAACUUUGAUUAGAGAAAGUCUUAUGAGUGAACGAAUAACUAAAAGAGCAUCAGAUCCAGGACUUAUUGCACCAGGAAUAAGAGCUUUCAUUCCCGAGGCAUUAAAAGUUAUAAAACAUUCAGACCAAAUAGUUACAAGAAACAAAAGUAAUGAUAGUUUAAGAAAAGUUGGAAGAGAGGAAAGAAUGAAACGAUUUCAGUGCAUCAUUCAAAAAACUUCUGAAGAUGUUAUUGGAUUAGAUGCAAUUAGGAAAAGUGAUAUUGAUGAUAGAAUUAGUUAUAAAUAUUACUGUAAAAUUAAAGACGAAAAUAAUUUUGUAGUACCUUCUGGAUUUAAAAAAGAAUUAAAGAAAAUGAAAGAUUUAAAAGAAAUCAAAGAAUUAAUGAAAAAAUAUAAUGAAAAAGAAUGUAUUGAUGUUAAAAUAGUUGACCAUGUUAUUGAAAAUUAUUUAUUGAAACGAACACAAAAGGACAUAAAAGAGUAUAAAAGUAAAAUUGACUUUUCUGCUUAUUCUACUUCAGGAAUGAAAACACGAAUGGAAGAUUAUUACCUUUGUAUUAAAAAUAUGAACAAAAUGAUUCAAAAAGAAAAGAAAGAAUUAACAUAUUUUGGAGUUUUUGAUGGACAUGUUGGAACUUCAGCUGCUGAUUACUGUAAUUUUAAAUUACAUAAUGAAAUUAUGAGAAGUAAAUCAUUUCCAAAAAAUAUAGAAAGUGCUAUUCAAGAUGGUAUUGUCAAUGUUGAAAAUGGGUUUAAAGAAAUUGCAAUGAAAACAAAAGUUAAUGCUGGAACAACAUUAGCCAUAGUGAUGAUCUAUGAUAAUACCAUCUAUACUGCCAAUGUUGGAGAUUCAGAGAUUGUUGUUUGUUAUAACGAUGGGUCGUAUAUUGUUACAUCAGAAAAACAUAACCCAAGUGUUGAUAAAGAAAAGGCCAGAAUAGAAAGUUCUGGUGGUAAAGUAUUUUAUAAUCAUGGUUGGAGAGUAGAUGGUUUACUUGGUGUUUCAAGAAGUAUUGGUGAUGAAUCAAUGAAAAAAUAUGUUAUUUGCCAACCAAAGAUAUGGAGUAAGGCAAUUGACUCAUCACUCCAAUUUAUAAUCGUUGCGUGUGAUGGGUUUUGGAAUGUAUUUAAAUAUGAAGAUGCUAUCAGUCUAGCAAGAAAUUAUUUAUUCAAUUAUUGUUUUUCUAAAGAAGAGGAUAAAGACUCAAAUGGAAUUAUCCUUCCAAGAAAUAAAGGAGACGUUGCACGAUAUCUUAUUGAUAUAGCAUUAAAAAGACAUUCAUUUGAUAAUAUCACAGUAACAAUUUGUUAUUUUAAUUAA